AUGAAAUCGAAAAAACGAAAAAUUGAAAAUGUUACAGAAGAACACUCACUGAAGAAUGAUAUGAAAUUACCGAAUGUUUACGGACAUGAAGAAUGGAAAGGAGCCGUGUUGUUAUUAAACGAAUUACUGUUGUGGACGGAUCAAGAAAAAUUGGAUCAUGUUAAGCUGGAAAUUCCGAAAGAGAAUGAUGAUGAUAUUCAUUUGAAUAAUAAGAAUGAUCACAGUGAUGAUAUAUCAAUGAGAGAAUUGAUGAGAAAAAAUCAUUUUGAAUUUGAGAUUUUAAAUUUCUUUCAACAUCAUCAAGUCUUGAACAUCAUUCAACAUGAGAAAUCAUCAUCCCGAAUGAACAAGUUGAUAUCUGAAAUUGUUUUUAAUGUACUGAUACCCAUUCUCUCGAGUCCAAUUGUCAUGGAUGCGAAUAUUCAUUCAUUCACUUCUUCUUCCUCGGAACAUGUUUUACACUCUCAAAGCUGUUGGCUGGUUCGAGAACGCAUGGUUAUUUUCCUUAGUCAAAAGUGUCUAUUCAAUUUAUGGAAGUUGGAAUCUUCGGAAACAACCAAACAAUUCAUCAUUCAUGCAGUGAUGAAAAAUAUUUCUGAAAACCUGCUCAAGACUCAUCUCGAUAUUUUCAAAGAAUUUAAUCCAAAUACGGAACCAUUAUUGUUUUUGAGAAAUUGCCUCAAAUAUGUAAGGAAGGAACGAGACCAACUGAGUGAGGAAUUAACUUCAAAUCUGUAUGAAAUAUUUUCUAAAUUUAUAGAGCUCACAUGUUCAACUCUGGCAGAUCAACAGUUGGCAUUUACAUUGCUGUUCAUCAUGGAUGAUUUGAUUUACAAUUAUUUGAAAUUUUGGAAGUGUCUAAAUCAGCCGGCUGACGACUCGAACGGUGAGAAGUUUCGUGAAAUUUCAGCAAUUAUUAAUUUUGUCAAGUUACAACUUGUGAAACGCGAAAGUAUGGACGUGAAUUGUAAGAAGCUCUUUUCCAUAAUGAGAUCAAUCAUUAAUAUCAGCAAUUGUGCUGCAAUAGUACCAACUCUGCUUGAGACAUGUUCAUUCAUUCUUGAGCAUUUUUUGAGCAAAAUUCUACUCAUGAAUCCAAAUGCAUCUCAAACACUCGUUUCAGAAACUAUGGAUUCGAUUGUGGCAAGGGAGUACUUUUUGUUGGCUUUACGAGCGUUUGAAAUUUGUAUUUCUCUCCAUGAAAAGGGCCUUGAAAUUGUAGAGUCUUUUAUGACGAGAAAUCAAAACAUCCUGUCACAAAUACUUGAACAUACCUCUAUGACUGAUUUUUAUGCAUACAUCAAUGCUAUUGGAGUCUCUCAUGACGUACAUCUAUUAAUGAUAUUCAAUUCAUUGUUGAAUAUUUUCCGAGCAUGGAAAGAAUCAGCACCUACAGGUUGUGGUGAACAUUUUACUAAGAAGGAGAUGCUUGAUUCGUUCAUUCAGGAACAAUUACAUCCUUUGGAAGUCAUGUUUCAAUUUAUUGAAAUUCUUUCAAAAAAUACCAAUGUCAUGAUGGAUUAUUUAAUUUCGGAUGAAACAUGUGAAUAUACAUUACAAUUAUUGUUCAAAUUUGCGAAGUGGGUCAAAUAUAACAUGACGAAUGAAUUGAAAAAAGAAGAACUUGAUUCGUAUGAUGUAAGCCAUGUGAAAGAAAAACUACAGGUUAUUUCAGAGUUUUUGCAAGAAUUGCACAACCAAAUAUUCUCGUUGCAUCAAAAGAAUCUCUUUCCAUACUCGCCGAAACUGUUACAAGAACGACUGAAAGAUACCAUCGAGUCGUUGUCGUCGAAAGAACUCUCUCGAUAA